GGGCGGGAGGGCUGGGCUGUGCCCCCGGCAGGUACUGGUGGGGUGGGCAGGAGCUGCCCAGCAAGGGGGCUCUGCUGCCCGCUUGUGGCUCUGGCAGAGGAACCCGACUCCCGUCCCCUCUGGAGCCAACCUGCGUCACCGCUCUGGGGUCUUGGUGUCCACCCUGGGACAUGCGGUCCCCCCCAGCAGCGCAGGUGCCGGCUGGUGGGACAGGGUCCGGGUGGCUCCUGGCACUGGGUUUGGGGCCCGUGUGCCGGACAGGGCUGUGGGGACAGGGCUGCGGCUCUUCCCAGAGCUCGCUGGCACGAUGGCAGUUGUGCCGCUCCCUGCGGAGCUGUGGAGCAGCAGGCAGGGACCAAGCACCGCCCUGCUGCCGGUGCUGCUGCCGGGGGCUGCCAGGCUCUCCCCGCGGCCGGGCCGGGCCGUGCUGCUGGGGAAACUGAGGCACGGGGCAAGCCGGGGUCUGGCAGAGCUGCGGUGCCUCCCGCCUGCUGCCACUCGCUGCAGAGCUGCUGUGAUUGAUAGGGGUUGUGCACCCCAAAAGCUGACUGGGGGGCUGCUGAGCAGCUGGAUGAGGGGAGCUGGUGCCCCCGCAGCUGUGGGGGUUUGCGGGUGAUGUGUCACUGUGCGGGGAGAAGUGCUCAUGUCACCGGGUGGGCUUUGCUCUCCUGGUCCUGGCAGGGGCUGGGCCCUGUCCCCAUGUCCCCCCCAGGGGAGGGACUGGCUGGUGUCAGUGUCACAGGAGCUGCUGUGCUGCAGGGACGGCAGCGUGGGGACCAACCCCCCCAACCUGUCCCCUCUCCCCCAGCAGCGUGUCAGACUCGUCCUUCAUGCCGGGGAAGCUGAGGAGGAGCAGGCGGGGGGGGCUGGAGGAGAAGCGAUGCCGGAGCCUGGAGGAGCAGGGCAGCGCCCGGCUGGGGCAGCCCCUGCUCGCCAGAUCCCGAACCUGUGACCCCCCCUGCAGGGACACAGAACCAGCUGCGGUGGCCGCAGCCCCGCUGCCUCCCCCACAGCUCAGCGAGCGUGUGGCCGACUACUGCAAAGCCUUCGGGGCGCUCGCCGAGCGGGACACACUGCUGGGCUCCUUCUCCUGUGCCUGGCAGAGAGAGGUGCUCUACCGUGGCCACCUCUACAUCUCCUCCCAGCACGUCUGCUUCUGCUCCAGCCUCCUGCUCAAGGACAUCAAGGUGGUGGUCCCUGUUGCCUCCAUCUCGGCCCUCAAAAAGACCAACACGGCGCUUCUGGUGCCCAACGCGCUCAGCAUCCGCACGGCUCAGGGGGAGAAGUUCCUCUUCGUGUCGCUGCGCCGGCGGGAGGACACGUACCAGCUCCUCAAGUCGGUCUGCAAACACCUGCCGGACAGCGGCUGGAGCACCCUGGCCUCUCCAAACACCAGGGAAAUCCUUCGGAAGCCCCUGGUGAGGCUGGGAAAUGGGCAGCAGCAGGAUUGGGAGGAGGCAGACACAGCCCCAGCGCCCCUGGCUGGGACAGGGACAGAUGCGGUGGCAGCAGCCCACGCUGCGCAGACCUCGAGCCAGUGGGACCCGGAGCAGAGCACCCCAGAGCCCGACAGCUUCCAGGAGCCGCCGGAUAGGCCAAGCCCAAUGCCAAGGCAAGAGGAGGAAGAGGAGGAUGAGGCAGCAGUGCUGGCUCUGAGCCAUGGGGGACCCCACACUGCACUAGGGGCCUGGACCACGGCACAGCUGAGCUCCCUCAACACCAUCCUCCUCAUCUACCUGCUGCUGGUGGUGGCCCUGCUGCUGUCCUCAGGGUACAUGGGGCUGCGCCUGCUGGAGCUGGAGCAGCAGCUGGCAGCCGUGGGGGCUUGGCCAGACCUCGACCCGUCACAGCAGUUCAAGACGACAUGAGGCCAGCAGGGACCCAGCCAGCACCGCGGCAGCAGCCGACAGGCUCAGGGGCUGCGCCGAGCCUUGCCCCCGUCUCGGGGAACCACUGGGGGGUCCAUCACCAAGUGCCUUCCAGCUCCGACCCCGCCCAACAUGUCCAGGGAGCCCACGCAGGCUGUGGGGCUCCAUCUCGCUCCCCGUUUCC